CUCAUCUUGCGUUUCUUGUCCAGCCCCCCUCAGGAAAGACGCACCCCGCCGCCCAGGCGCAAUUUCUGGAGCGGCACUUGGAUCCUUCACGGCCAUGGACAAGGGCGCACUGAUGACGCCUGAGUCGGAUCAGAGCGGCCGGGACGUCGGGGGCUCGUUCUCGAGCCUGCGCUCGUACGGGCGGGCCCUGUCGCAGACGCCGCGGCGGUUGGCACGGCGCGCGUGCGCGGCGACGGCGCCGGAAGAAGAGAUGAGCCGCGUCCGCGCGCGGUCGGGGGCUCCGAUGGCGCGCGCGCUGCGGUGGCCGGACCUCGUGGGGCUCGGCCUCGGCGGCAUGGUGGGCGCCGGGGUGUUCGUCACCACCGGGCGCGCUACGAGGCUCUACGCGGGCCCCGGCGUCGUCGUGUCCUACGCCAUUGCCGGCCUCUGCGCGCUGCUCUCCGCCUUCUGCUACACGGAGUUCGCCGUGGACAUGCCCGUCGCCGGCGGCGCCUUCAGCUACCUCCGCGUCACCUUCGGGGAAUUCGCUGCGUUCCUCACGGGAGCGAACCUGAUCAUGGAGUACGUCUUCUCCAACGCCGCCGUGGCGCGCAGCUUCACGGCGUACAUGGGCACGGCGGUCGGCGUGGACGCGCCAAGCAAGUGGCGGAUCGCCGUGCCGGGCCUCCCCAACGGCUUCAACGAGGUCGACCUCGUCGCCGUCGGGGUCAUCCUUCUCAUCUCCGUCUGCAUCUGCUACAGCACCAAAGAGAGCUCCAAGGUGAACAUGGUCCUCACGGCCGUGCAUGUGGCCUUCAUCCUGUUCAUCAUCGUCAUGGGCUUCUGGCGUGGAGACGUGCGCAACCUGACCCACCCGGCCGACCCCGCCCACCCAGGCGGUUUCUUCCCCAACGGCGUCGGUGGCGUCUUCAGCGGCGCGGCCAUGGUGUACCUGAGCUACAUCGGCUACGACGCGGUGUCCACCAUGGCAGAAGAAGUGGAGCGGCCAGCGCGCGACAUCCCCAUCGGCGUCUCGGGGUCCGUCGUCAUCGUCACCGUGCUCUACUGCCUCAUGGCCGCCUCCAUGUCCAUGCUCCUCCCAUACGACGCGAUCGACAAGGAGGCGCCCUUCUCAGGGGCCUUCAGGGGGAGCGACGGAUGGGGCUGGGUGUCCAACGUGAUCGGGGCCGGUGCCAGCCUAGGCAUCUUGACGUCGCUAAUGGUGGCCAUGCUGGGGCAGGCCAGGUACCUGUGCGUCAUCGGCCGCUCUGGUGUCAUGCCCGCCUGGCUCGCCAAGGUGCACCCCAAGACUGCCACCCCCGUCAACGCCUCCGCCUUCCUCGGACUCUUGACGGCUGCGCUGGCGCUCUUCACGGAGCUUGACAUCCUCCUCAACCUCGUCUGCAUCGGCACGCUCUUCGUCUUCUACAUGGUGUCCAACGCCGUCGUGUACCGCCGCUACGUCGUCGGCCCAACCGGCAGCAGCACCGCCACCUCCGAAGCCAGGGACCGGCAGCCCGGCGCAUGGCCGACCCUCGCGUUUCUCCUUGCCUUCUCCCUCAUUGCGCUCUCCUUCACGCUGGUGUGGAAGCUGGCGCCGGAGGGCGGUCGCACCAGGGUUGGGCUCCUGUCGGCGUGUGGCGCGGCGGCGGUGGCCACGGUCGGUGCGUUCCAGGCGCUGGUGCCCCAGGUGCACACGCCCGAGCUUUGGGGCGUGCCGGGGAUGCCGUGGGUGCCCGCGGCCUCCGUGUUCCUCAACGUCUUCCUGCUCGGUUCCCUCGACCGCCCGUCAUACGUCCGGUUCGGCUUCUUCUCCGCGGCGGCCGUGCUCGUGUACGUACUCUACAGCGUGCACGCCAGCUAUGACGCCGAGGAGAGCUCCACGCUCGACGGCGCCAAGGUGCAGGACGAAGCUUGCAGGGUGUAGCUACUAGGGUGGAGAGAAUGAGCUUGUUAACUGCUGCUCUAGAGCGUCUAGGUUUUUCUUCUUUCUAACAAUUUUCUGUCAUGAUCUAAGAUUUCGAGUAGCCGUUGGGAGUAAAAAAAAACAGCUAACAUGGUGAUGAAAUAUGAAAACCGAGAUAAGAUUGGGGAAAGGAGAUUUUACCUGGAACUUGCAUAUGCGAAUGCACAAGUUCUUCUAAAAUGUACAUGUCUAAUUUCCUGGAA